AUGAAGUUUCUAGCACUCCUUACGAUGGCUGCGGCCGCUGAAGCUCAUACUAUUUUCCAGAAAGUUUCAGUCAAUGGUGUUGAUCAGGGCCAGCUCAAAGGUGUUCGCGCUCCUUCGAGUAACAACCCGAUCGAGAAUGUCAACCACGCAGAAUUUGCUUGCAAUGCAAACCUCAAGUUCAAGGACAGCAAUAUCAUUACAAUUCCGGCUGGCGCCAAGGUUGGAGCAUGGUGGGGACAUGAGAUCGGCGGCGCAUCUGGUCCUAACGACGCCGACAACCCAAUUGCAGCCAGCCAUAAAGGUCCCAUCAUGGUAUAUCUUGCCAAGGUUGACAAUGCUGCCACGGCCGGCACGACGGGUCUCAAGUGGUUCAAGAUUGCCGAAAACGGACUGAAUGGCGGCACCUGGGCAGUGGACAGCAUGAUUGCCAAUCAGGGCUGGCACUAUUUUUCUAUGCCUUCGUGCAUAGCCCCAGGAAACUACCUCAUGCGUGUCGAAAUUAUUGCUCUUCAUAGCGCCAGUACCCAAGGUUUGGCCCAGUUCUACAUGGAAUGUGCCCAGAUUCAAGUUACAGGUUCCGGCACGACGACUGGUUCCAACACGGUCAGUUUUCCGGGUGCAUACUCAGCAACCCACCCAGGCAUCCAGAUAAGCAUAUACGAUGCGGGCGGCAAGCCUACGAACGGUGGCCGACCCUAUUCAAUCCCCGGCCCUGCUGUACUUGUUUGCACCGAUGGCGGCAAUGGCGGCAAUUCCGGUUCUACGCCUACGACUCUGUCCACAAUUGCAACUCCUGCGCCCACGAGCGGAUCAGGCUCCGUCCCACUAUAUGGCCAGUGCGGUGGAAGUGGCUGGACUGGGGCCACGGCCUGCCAAUCAGGUAGCUGCAAACCCUCAAAUGAAUGGUAUAAAAUUCCAACGCUGGUCGGACCUUAA